AUGAAAUACCUAAUAGGGUUAAACUUUCACCCUUUAAAAGUGUCCCUGCCCCUCUCAUUGGAGAUUUCUCUACUAUCUGUUUCAUUUUUUUUAUUGAUGCUUAGGAAGGCGAUGUGGAAAAUAUUAGUGACUAUGCUGUGCGUGGUUUGGAAGGCGGCAGGGUUGAGCGUGCCGGCCGCAGAGAUAGAAAAUACGUUGAACCAAAGGGAGUUUGACGUGCUCUGCAGUUUCUUAAAUUUGACACUGAGAAUACACGAGUGGGUGGAGAAAGAGAGACUCACAGCCGAGGUCGCAAACGACUUCGACAGUUCCGCGAUGAAAGUCUUGUACGGUAGUGACAGCGAUGGCUCCCUUAAUUGGACUGGAAAAGAAAAACGAGAAGCUGACUGUGGCUACACCAGCAUAUUCGGAGGCGGAUUUGGAGGCAAAGCGUUAGCGCUGGACCUUCUGUGUCUUUGCAGACCCAGCGGAAACGGUGACCACCAAAAAAAUCUGUGCUACGAAGCCAAUGCGUGGUAUGAUCCUGCCGAAAGUUGGGGAAACAAGGACAGAGCCGAAGAAAGUUGGGGGAAAAUCAAGCAAAAGUGCACCGAGCAAAUUAAUAUAGAAAGCAUCGGUUUUGAAUCAUUAACCACAACCGUCCAAAAUCUUAGGAAAAAACUGAAUGAAAUGACCGAGAAAACAACAGAGAGGGAAACUAAGCGCUUCGGACACGGGCGGGAGCCGAUCACCAAAUCUUGUGGAGGGUCUGGCAGUGCAAAUAACGCCCCAUGUGUUUUCUAUAAAAUGGAAGGCGGAGGAGCAAAUCAAGUCAAAAUUGAGUGGUUGACACAACUAGAAGACCUUGUCAAAAGGUUGAAAACCCCUAAAAAGGAAAAUGCACAAAAAGUCAACAAAAUGCCACCGCAGGAGCAGAGGGAACCGCCUAUUCCAACAAGAGGCUCACCACCCCGUCAGUCACCCCCGGAAAUAAAGGUACAACCAGAGGAGGAUCCAUCUCCCGAGCAACGUCCCAAGCAAUCUCCCUCAACGGCAACUGAUGGCAAUACACCAAUGGCACCCAACACAAGUGCAGCUACACAAAGCACCACCGACCCUGACUUGGUUCCUCUUGGUGAAACAAGAACCAAUCACUCACUCCAACCCUCACACCAGCCACUUCGGCCGAAAAAUGUCGCUCAGGCUAUUUCACCGUUGGUGGUGUUUUUGCUCUUUCUGCUGUGA